UUAUCGUUAUCUAAUAUAGCGAUGCCUAUUUCCUUUUCCCGCCUUGCGAUUGCACUGGGAAUAGCGUCUAUCAUCCUCCUCCCAUUCGCCUAUGCCUCCUCAGGCGACCGGAAUCCCACUUUCCAGCACUGCCUGAGGGGUUGCGCUGCCACCUAUUGCGAUCCCUCUCAGCCUCCUAUCGCCUUUUACCUCAGGCUCUUUGGAUGGACGUGUGCUGAAAAUUGCGCGUACCAUUGUUCACAUAGCUUUACCGAUAAAAUUGGCCCUGGCAGUCGGUAUCACCAAUUCUACGGGAAAUGGGCGUUCUACCGUUUGGGCCCUUUCCAAGAACCUUUCUCGAUUAUCAUGUCGCUUGGGAAUCUGUUGGUUAACCUUCAGGGGGUUUCCGCCGUGAGACGACGAAUUAGAUCGGAGAACAAGCUUCGAAAAUGGCUCGUCUCGUUGGGUUUUGUGCAGGUCAACACUUGGAUUUGGAGCGCAGUGUUCCAUGCAAGGGAUAAACCUUGGACGGAGCGCCUCGACUACUUCUCUGCAACCCUCACCAUCGCCUUCACCCUGCUCUACUCUAUUAUCCGUAUUCUCCACUUCCAGACACCCCUCUAUACAUCCCGCUUCCUUCUCCCUGCUUGCGUAGCCGUCGCUUUACUGGUCCUCAGCCAUUUCAAGUAUAUCCUCUCUUUUCCUCUGGGCCAAUUCCCGUACGGCUACCACACAAUGUUCAACCUCUGCCUCGGACUUAUCCAUAACUUGCUUUGGGUUCUCUGGUCAUUCUCUUUCCGUUUCCCUUACCCUACCCUCCGUUUCGGCCGCUUUCUUUCCCUCUCCUUCCCUUACCCAUAUCCGCCGCACAACCCAUAUAAAAAUCCGUCCCCCAAAGAAUCUUCCACGCCUGCCGUUCUUGUUGGGCUAACGACCCUCGCCAUGUCGCUCGAACUAUGGGAUUUCGCCCCUCUCUUCCGGGUGAUUGACGCACAUUCCUUGUGGCAUACAGCGACGAUCCCGCUGACGAUGGGGUGGUGGCAUUUUUUGAUGGCCGAUGCACUGGAACUGGAGGGUAGCUUGAUGGGUCAGGGAGGGAUGGGUGUUGGGUUGCUUGAGGAGCCUAUUGGACGCAGAAGAGGCGGAGGACCGUUGGAGAGAGAUGCGGACAUGCCAAUGACACCGACGUUUCAAGAGCUCGAUUCGGGUCGCGUGAAGUUGACGAGUUCUAGUCCGAGCCCGGGGACGAGGAUGCGUAUCAGUCCCAAGUCUUCAGAGUUCAAGUGAAAGGGAAGAAAAAGGUAUCCGUAUCCGGCAAAAAGGAGAGAUUGGAAGGAGAUUUUAUGAAGGAAGGGUGUCGUGGUGUGAGGAAUUUCCCACAAUUUCGGACCUUCGUUCUCAUGUACCGGCGCAUGGCAUUAUCACUCUCUGGACUAAUCAGAAAUCCACUAAGUUGUGUCUGUUGAAAUUGAAAUCGAGCAUUGAAUGCUGUGUUAACAAGAUGGGUUAGGAAGGUGGGCGCUUUGUCGCCACAAGUCCCUCCCUCCUCCUCUCGGUCCCGAUCCUUUGACGUUCACGAGUGAAAUGGCUAGAUGAGAUAUAUGAACUCAAUAAGAACUAUGCAG